AUGAGGGAAGUUUUCUCAAUUUUACUCGUGGCUUUUGCCCUUGCCACCAAUGAUCACGGCUGUGCCACAGCCAUUCUAGACAGGAACCGGUCACUGCAUGGCUUGUCUGGCGGAAGCAGUGAUGAACGCUUCCUACAAAAUGCAACCUCAACCUUCAGCAACUCUCCACUCCUUGGCAGUCGAGGCUUUUCUCUGCAAGGGGUCGUCCAGCCAGAAGGCCCUGCGCUGCGCAGGGUCACAGGGCCAAGUAGCCGUUUAAUCUCUAUGGCACCAUUGAAUGGGGCAUUCGUACAACUUGGAGCAGAACACGAAGAUGCUGAACAGGAGGAAACAGAGGAAAAAGGGGAAAAUGCAACGUCUUCGGGGGAAUCCCAGGAGGAGAAGUCUAAGACGUCGCCGUCAGACAACGAGGAGGCGGAGAGCAGCCAUGGGGGCAGCGCGGCAGCAAAUAAAAAGGAAACUGUAGAAAAGCUGCCAGAAGAGGCCAGUUCCUCAGCGCACGAGACCCAAGGAAGCCAUGUUUCUGAUGAGGAACAUCUUCACAGCAUUCGCUCAGAGGCAGAACCCAAAAAGCAUGCAGAAGGCGCGGAAGGAACCAAUGCAGCUGAAAAAGAGACUGAACACAAGCAAUCCGAACACGCCAAAACCCCUGAGUCUGAGGGCGAGAAAAAGCACGAAGCUAAAAAGGAACAGCCUUCCCAUCCUCAGGGCGAGACCAUGCCCAAGGGCCACAAGGAAGGCGAGGCAGAGAAAGCCGGAAAAAAAGCUGGAGAAGAGGAAGAAGAGAAAAAGCACACAAAGCAAGAAGCUGGAUCUGAAAAAGAGGAAACCAGUACGCACGAAGAGACGAAGACGGAGGCACACAGACCAGAGCACCACCCUCACGAAGUCAGCCCUGAGAGAGCAUUUGACUCCCUUGUCAAUCGAAUACGUCCCUUGCUGAAAGCGACAAAAGGACAAGAGCUUUACAGCAGGCUGGUGACGAUAAUUGACCUACAUGAAAAAGCAGCAGAAGCAGAAAAGGAGCUUGAGAACGAAGCAAAGAAAGAAGAGCCCAAGGCGGAAGCCCAGAAAAAGACUGCCGUGCCCGAUAUUGCCGUCCAAGAGGACUUGCUCCUAACCCAGCAACUGAGCAAUAUGUGGGUACUGCCUUUCUACGAAGAGAACAAACGCGAAACUUGCCUAUCUGGCUUUGAAAAGCUAUCCCACGAAGCAUCAGUCACCUGUGCUGACCCGGAGUGUUUUAAGCUCGAAACGCAAGCUCAGCAAUGCCCUUACAUGAUGAUUAAGUCUAUCAUGCGCAAAGAGGACCUUGAGGCACAGACGGGACCGCACACAGAUAAAAAGAAACAUAAUGCCAAAACAGGGAAAGACCACAUGGUGCUGGGAUUUGAUGGGGAGUGUCGGAAGCCCGAGAGUCUUGGUUCCGAGAUUCUCAACAUGUUGCAGCACCCAAAACAUUUGGCAAAAAAGCACGCUCUGGAACGCUCAACAGGCAGCGGAGGGACAGUUCCUCUCCAGAAGCACCAUUUAGACCUCAUCUGCGACCCCGAAGAUAAGACAGAAUAUCCCUCAUGCAAGACCGUGUACGAGGCCCUCCAGCACGUGAAAGAACCAAAACCAAGGGCCUUGCCAGAACUAUUGGUUCUUACUGACAUCCAAGACCUUAAAAAUACCCUUGGCUUGUAUAGGAUCGUGUUUCUUUUUGAAGGACUUGUUCAAUUCGCCACUCCAGAUGGAACGAAAAUCGAUGUUUAUCAGCACAAGCUUCCAGCUGAGGAAGCGGAGUUCCUUCAUAAGUACAGACAUAAAGAUAUAUCUGCCACUAUAAUGAUGAAAGGGGAAUGA